CAAAUUUUUGCUUCAUCUUUUUAUCUACAUUUUAACUUCCUCUAAAAAUAUGAUUUUCGAUUCUAGGUUUGUAUUUUACAUUUGAUCCAAGUUUAUACCAUAUAAGUUAGAGGAGGCAAAAACAUUUUUUCUGUUCUUGGGAAGAAGCUAAAAGUCUCUGUUUCUUAAAAAAUUGCAGUUAAUUGUCUCUUCAGACAUGUUGGAAGCUUCUUCAAACAUGGAUCCCCCUAGAAAUGAAGGGGAUAUGAAACCAACAAAUCUCGAAGAAGUAAAAGAGGAAGGUCCUCUCUUUUCUUGUAAUCUAUUUGAUGCAGAAAUGGUUCGAAAGGUAGCACAGGAAUUCCUUACAGGAUUAGCCUCUGCUUGUGUUGACAACACGACUGGUGGUUUAUUCAAGAGCCCUGCUUCUAUGGCUGUUGAUAUCAGAAGAGAAAUGGUCGACUAUCUUAUCCAGAGAAGCGAGACAUUCGUUGCUGAAUCUGUUGUUUUAGAAGGUGGAACAGAAACCAUAGUGUCGGACAACCCUUAUGAUAACAUUUCAGAUUUCAUCGAUGAUUUUGGUCAGUCCAAGAGAAAUUUUUUUAGUAAGGUUUCAGGUUGGUUACUAAGUGAAAGAAGAGAGGAUAGAAUAGAUGAUUUUGUACAAGAAAUGGAAAUAAAUGGCUUUUGGUUGAUGGCUAGGAGGGAAACCGUGGCACAAACAGUAAUUCGAAACGUUGAUUUCAAAAACACCUUUCACUGCAAUAUGAAGUUUAAGUCUGAAGAAGAGCUUGCGAGACAUGUCAUUUCGUGUGGUUUCAGGGAAAUACACUGUGAAAAUGAGGGUUGUAAUGCAAGAUUUAGUGCAGCUCAACAUGAACAACAUGAUUCGGAGUGUCCUUUCAAAAUACUUCAGUGUGAGCAGAAGUGCCCAGAAAUGCUUAUGAGACGUGAAAUGGACCGGCAUUGUAUAACUAUUUGUACAAUGAAGCUUGUCAAUUGUUCCUUUUAUCCCGUUGGUUGCCAAUCGACUGUUCCCCAAUGCAAAGCAGACGAACACCGUAAAGAGAAUCUCCAAUCUCACUUGGUCUACAUUUUAAAACUUAUUUACAAGGAAGCAUCUUCAGAAGCUCUUAAGAAAAGGGCUCAACAAUUGGAACAGGCAACAUCAGGUGGACGAUUAGCAGCUGCUCGUGAUGCAAGAUCAUUAACAACUGCAAUUAAGAAUAUUAAUGCAAAGCUUGGACCAUUGGAGGUUGAGAAAAAGAUAGAAGUCAAUCCGGAGUUGACAGAACAAAAAGGAGAGGGAACGGAUGUAUCCAACAAGAAUGAAAAGUCUCCAGACUCACCCAAGACUCAGCAUGACCUUGCACCUACGCCCUCCAAAGUGGAGUCACCUACCAAAUCAGUGGAUGUUGUGGAACCAACUAGCAAAGCACAAGUGCAAGAAGACUCAAUAGAUAUAUCCUCCAACAAACAUAGGAGCACCGAACCUCCGGUAAAAAAUGUAUUAUCUCCAACAGCGCUUAAUGAAGAAUCUUCUAAGUCACCUGAGGACGUCACAACUUCCUCAUCCAAAAGUGAAGAGUCUACACUAUCCCCCAUGAAACACAAAGACUCUUCCUCACCUGAAAUCGAUACACAUGAAACUAAAGAGUCUACGCCAUCACCCAAAAAACAACAUGACUCCACUGCUUCCUCACCCAAAAUGAGUACACAUGAGCCUAAUCCAUCACCAAAACAACACCAUGACUCCACAGCUUCCUCACCUAAAAUGAGUACACAUGAUCCUAAUCCAUCACCAAAAAAACACCAUGACUCCACAGCUUCCUCACCCAAAAUACAUGACUCUACUCCAUCACCAAAGAAACACCACGAGUCUACAACUUCCUCACCUAAAACGGGUAAGCAUGAGUCUACUCCACCAAAGAAACACCAUGAGUGUGCAUCUUCCUCACCUAAAACGGGUACACAUGAGUCAACGACAUCACCAAUGAAACACCAUGACUCCACAACUUCCUCACCUAAAAUGGUUACUCAUGAAUCUACUCCAUCACCGAAAAAACACCAUGACUCCACAACUUCUUCACCUAAAGUGAGUACACAUGAGUCUACAUAAUAACCAAAGAAACACCACGACUCUAAGCCUUCACUCGAAAUGGAGUAUGCAAAAAGUGAAGAGUCUAUUCCAUCAACCAAUAACCAUUAGGACUCCACGACUUAGGGAGUCAAGGUUGAGUGACAUGCAAACUUAGGAUUUUGUGGAGGAAUGAACUUCAAAAGUGGAGUCUGCAAGGCCACACCUCAGUAUCAACAAAUUCCAUCAUCAAAAAGAAAAGAAGAGCCUAAGUCAACAAUCGAAAGUAGAUGAACGUGUAGCAACCAAAUGAAGUACAUACUUGAAAUAGUCAAACGAUGUAGAAAAAAUGAAGUUAAUUUUGAUCUUUAUAGCAAUCUUUACCAUAUAGAAAGAGGAAAAGGUUUUUUCACCAUCUGUCCAUUGUCAAUGGUGGCUAGCUCAA